CUCCGUACUGCAGGGUACGGAGGGGGGACGGCGCCGCCGCCGAGUCGCUAGUGGGCGAAAGCGGCGGGAAGUUCGUACUGAGCCUGCGGCGGCGGGUUGGCGGCUUGGGUGAAAAUGCCUCGUGUGAAAGGAGCUCAGGCUCGAAGACGGGGCCCUGCCGAGCGGCAGCUUGCCGAGCACUUCGCAGCGGGGGAGGUGAUAACUGACAUGGCAAAAAAGGAGUGGAAGCUGGGGCUGCCCAUUGGCCAAGGUGGCUUUGGCUGUAUAUAUCUGGCUGAUACUAAUUCUUCUAAAUCGGUUGGCAGUGAUGCACCCUGUGUUGUAAAAGUGGAACCCAGUGACAACGGACCUCUCUUUACAGAAUUAAAGUUCUACCAGCGAGCUGCUAAACCAGAGCAAAUUCAGAAGUGGAUUCGUACUCAUAAAUUGAAGUAUCUUGGUGUUCCUAAGUAUUGGGGAUCUGGUCUGCAUGAUAAAAAUGGAAAAAGUUACAGGUUCAUGGUCAUGGACCGCUUUGGAAGUGACCUACAGAAAAUAUAUGAAGCAAAUGCCAAAAGGUUUUCCCGGAAAACAGUCUUGCAGCUAAGCUUAAGAAUUCUGGACAUCCUGGAGUACAUCCACGAGCACGAGUACGUGCACGGGGACAUCAAGGCCUCAAACCUGCUCCUGAGCUGCGAGCGCCCGGACCAGGUGUACUUGGUAGACUACGGCCUUGCUUACCGGUACUGCCCGGAUGGAGUUCACAGGGAAUACAAAGAAGAUCCAAGAAGAUGCCACGAUGGCACAAUCGAGUUCACCAGCAUCGACGCGCACAAUGGCGUGGCUCCAUCUCGACGUGGUGAUUUGGAGAUCCUUGGUUACUGCAUGAUCCAGUGGCUUAGUGGCUGUCUUCCAUGGGAUGAUAACUUGAAAGACCCUAACUAUGUGCGAGAUUCCAAAAUCAGAUACAGAGAAAAUAUUGCAGAUUUGAUGGAGAAAUGUUUUCCUGAGAAAAACAAACCAGGUGAGAUUGCUAAAUACAUGGAAACUGUGAAACUACUGGGCUAUACUGAAAAACCUCUUUAUCAAAAUCUACGUGACAUCCUUUCGCAAGGACUAAAAGCUAUAGGAGGCAAGGAUGAUGGCAGGCUGGACUUCAGUGCUGUGGAGAAUGGAGGGUUGAAGGCAAAAUCAGUUUCAAAGAAGAGAAAGAUAGAAGAAAGCACAGUGUCUACUGUUGAAGACAUGGAAUGUUCAAGUACAGUGACAGAGGAAGCCGCACAAACACGUUCAAGAGCCAGAAAGAGAGUCCGGAAGUAAAUCAGAUGCUGGAAAUUGACAUUUCUUCCUUUUCAUUGCAUUUUCUCCCCUUUUCUGUCUUGUCUUCUCUUUGUGUGAAUCUUGUGGGGUGGGAGUAUUAAUUAAAUGGAUAGGCUUUUGAAAAGCGAACCUUAUUAAAGUGAAUACUUUGUUCAGUUUAUUGAAAGCUAAUUUGUUAGAUCCCCAAGUCUUCAGGUUGGACUUGAAGCCAUUCAAGUCUGUGUUUGAGGCUUUGGAGUAUGUCAAAGAAAAUGACUCUGACAAGCAUUUUCCUAAACAUUGGAAACUUCUCAGAGGAUGGAAGUGUUUGAUAGAGUCCUCACUUUUAAGGAAAUGCAAAACUUAGAUAAAUUUUGGUUUGGUGUAAAUACACAUUACGUUGUGGCAAUAAAGUUUGGAUUAUAUGGA